GUUUCCCGGCCGGAACGACCAGUUGAACACGGGUGAAAGUGCAAGUAGAGGGUGGUCUGUGGCUGAUGCAGCGAGUGCGGGAGCCUCCCCCCAGCUCCUCUCCGCCCCCCGCACCCCAGCAGCAGGCGCUGGUGCUCAGCAGCAGCUCUCCCAGCCAGCCAGAGCCUGUGAGGAGGAGGAUGGGGUCCGGCUCCCGUUGCUAGGCUGUGCACUGUGUGCAGGGAGUGAGCGCCCGGGAGAGGACACCUGGAAACCGGAGGAGCUGACACUCAGUCACAUGAGCCGCCAGUGAGGACAAGAUGUUCUGCACCAAGCUCACAGAGCUAACGCUGUCAGGGGAAUGCCCCUUCUCUAUGCUGACAGCACACAGCCGGGGAUCAGAGGAAGCUGAGGAUGAGGUGCCCCCUGGCAGUGCUGCCACAGGGCUACCCAUCUGCACUGAGGUGUCUGAGAGCAGUGUCCGGCACCGGAGACCAGAGGAGGACGCCCCCCACAGGAAGAGCAGCCGGACUCGGGUCUAUCUGCACACUUUAGCCGAGAGCAUCCGCAAGUUAAUCUUCCCUGAGUUGGAAAGGCUGAAUCUUGCUCUUCAAAGAACAAUUACAAGACACAAAACAACAUGUCACACCAAUAGAUCAGCUUGUGUUACUUUCAAGCUUCCUGGUAUUCCAAUAUGUGGAAAAACUGGUGAAAAAGAGGAUUUUGAGAGAAUUGUCAUACAGCAAUCAAAUGCAGCAGGUGUUCCAGAAGAAGAUGUCAAAGCAUCUUUAGGUGAAGAACUUUUUAAAAUAUGUUAUGAAGAAGAUGAACAUGUCUUGGAAGUUGUUGGAGGGACAUUGAAGGACUUUUUAAACAGCUUUAGUACCCACUUGAAGCAAGGUGGACAUUCCAGAACACACGAAGAUACUGUUGGACUUCAAGAAGGAUCGAUUCUUUGCCUAGAAAAAGAACCAGGUUACUUAAAUGUGUAUUACUUUUUCCCCAAUAACAUAACUAUAUUGAUCCUACCUGGAAUAAUUAAGGCAGCAGCGAAGACCUUGUACGAAACUGAAGUAGAAGUGAAGUUCAUACCACAUCACGUCAACGAUGGCAAUGACUUUAUUAAGGAACCCUAUCUAUUGUAUUCUGUGCAGGUCAAAAAUGCACAACCUUCCUUAUCUCCUUGUAAGCCACAGUCCUACGUUGUUAUCCCAGCUUCCAUUUUCUGUAAGACAUUCCCCUUCCAUUUUAUGUUUGACACAGACAUGAACAUGCUACAGAUUGGUAAUGGGGUGAAGAGAUUACUCAACAGAAAAGACAUUCCUGGAAAAUCCAACUUUGAGGAGCACUUUGAAAUCCUGUCUCCAAAGAUAAGCAGCACUUUUAGUGGGAUAAUGACUAUGCUCAAUAUGCAGUUCAUUAUAAGAGUCAAAAGAUGGGACAACGCAAUUGAGAAAUCACCAAAGUCACAUUCAAUGAAUCUGAAAGGGCAGAUGAUCUAUGUUUUUGAAUCCAGUGCCAUUCUCUUUAUGGGAUCUCCAUGUGUGGAUCGACUAGAAGAUUUCACUGGUCGUGGCCUCUACCUGUCAGAUAUCCCAAUCCACAAUGCUCUUAGGGACGUUGUGCUGAUAGGAGAACAGGCCAGAGCACAGGAUGGAUUAAAGAAGAGGUUAGGGAAGCUGAAAGCUACACUGGAACUUGCUCACCAAGCUUUGGAGGAGGAGAAAAAGAAAACUGUUGAUCUUUUAUUCUCAAUCUUUCCUGGAGAAGUUGCUCAGCAGCUGUGGCAAGGGCAAACUGUAAAAGCCAAGAAGUUUAACAAUGUGACCAUGCUUUUCUCUGACAUUGUGGGAUUCACAGCAAUAUGCUCACAUUGUUCACCCAUGCAAGUUAUUACCAUGCUUAAUGAACUUUACACACUUUUUGAUCACCAAUGUGGAGAACUUGAUGUCUACAAGGUGGAAACUAUUGGUGAUGCAUACUGUGUGGCUGGAGGAUUACAUAGGGAAAGUGAGACACAUGCAUUUCAGGUUGCUCUGAUGGCUUUGAAAAUGAUGGAACUUUCAGAUGAAGUCACGUCCCCUCAUGGUGAGCCUAUCAAGAUGCGUAUUGGUCUACAUUCUGGUUCGGUGUUUGCUGGUGUUGUGGGAGUAAGGAUGCCACGAUACUGCCUUUUUGGAAACAAUGUUACUCUUGCCAAUAAGUUUGAAUCAUGCAGUGUACCAAGAAAAAUCAAUGUCAGCCCUACGACUUACAGUUUGCUUAAGGAAUUCAAAGGAUUCAAGUUUAUACCUCGAUCAAGAGAAGAUCUUCCACCAAACUUUCCCUCUGAAAUUCCUGGUAUAUGUUAUUUUCUUGAAGCCUCUGAUAAAGAACUGCUGACUAACACCUGGUGCCAAAAAAAGACUGUUGAGGAUUCACAUUUCAAUAAAACAAAAUAGACUUAUUUUUAUCUAAUUUAUUUUUACAAUUUUCUGUAGAAAUAUUGCUUUAAAUGAUAUGGUCUUCCUUUUAUUUUAUGUUUUGAAAACAUACAUCUCCUGAGUAGCUUGUAAUUCAGAAUGCUGAUUUGUAACUGCCCUACAAAAAGGUUCUAGAGAUCUAAAAUAUUUUUUUUAAAAAAAGCUCACCUAAUUUGUAUAUCCAUAUUAAAUUUCCAUUAGGAGUAUUUUCUAUUUGUUUUUGUUUUUUUGUUUUUUCAAACCUAUUUUUAUGAUACAUCAUUUGUAGAAUAAUAACUGAAAUGUUUUAAAGCAUAUGUUUUAAAAAUUGUGAAAAUAAUAUAGUCACACUUCAUGAUAAAUGUGUUUUCAUCACAGGAAACAGAUUUCCUAAAUCUCACCAUUUUGCUAAUAUACUUUUUUUUUUUUUAUAAUGUAUUGCAAAAACGUUAUAUUAUGAAAAUGGCAUAUUAAGAGUUCUAAAAAAAGAAAGUUAACUAAUGAGAUCAAACUGCAGAUAUGUCUUCAUACACUGUGGCUCUAGUAGUGGCAAAUGGAUCCUCUCAGGGCACCAGAUCCCAGGCGACGUGGACACGCUGAACAUCUUUUUAGCUCACAAAAUAUGUCUUCUUCACAUAAAUAAAACAGGUGUGAGGGACAAAAGUAAUUUGCUAGACUGCACUGAUCAAUUUGAUUUGUGACACUUGUAUAUUUGUGUGCGAAUGAGCCUGAAUCUGUAUAAGAAGUGAAAUGUUGCAGCGACCAUGGCUUUUUCUCACGCCAAGUUCCGUUGUGCUUUAUCCGCGACUUUGUACAUGUUUAAAAUUAAUUCCUGUGCGUAUAAUGUCGCUGCCUUAGCAUCUUUAGUUUACUGCGAGUGGUGUUUUGCUGUGUCUGUGAUGCGAAUAAGACACAAAAUGUAAAGAUAAAUACGCUACCCUAAACCUUUCAAGACGUCGGGCAUCUCGCACUGUAUGGUCUAUGGAUGCUUGGUGUAUGAGAACACAUCUGUAGGUUUAGUUUCAGCAUGAUAAUAUUUGCCACGUAAUAGGUCCCUAUGGCACUUAUCUAAAGGUACAGUCCAUUGCAAAGUUACGGUAUGUUCUUUAGCAUACUGUAUCACAUGGAGUUGUUAACUUUAUUUAAAGCCCUAAGAAAAAAAUUAUCAAUGAUUUAUAGACUACUAACAUAACAUAUGAUGUGGCGGAGGCUUUAGACUGUUGAUAGCAUUAAACAUUGCCAUCCCAUCCUACCUCCCUCUGUCAUCACGUGACCACCAAAGAGCUUAGUGACUGACUGCCUCAGACUAACAGAUCAGGUUACACUUCCGUAGAGGUGGUCAGUAUGUGGCCCUCCAGCUGCUGUGGGACUACACGUUUUACUAUCAGGACAUGAUAAAACAAUGAGUGGGCAUUCUGGGACCUUUACGAGUCUCCUGGGUACAAACAGCUGGUAAAUGUUUCCAGAUGAGAGAGAUUUGUUUUGCAGUGGUAGCCAAAGCAAUCUCAUCUACAAGUCCAAUAGGAACACUGAGUUAUAGUGCGACCUCCUGGAAAAUUAUUCUAGAUUCAAGUUAAAAAGGUACAAACUUACUGUGUCAGAAAAAAGAGUGAGAUCUAUGAGAAUGCACCAUUAGAUGUUGGGCUUCAAGGAAACUGUAAUAAAAAUAAAACUUUCAGCAGAAAGUGGCACAUUUUAAAACUUAGCUGAACGUAAAUAAUUUAAAACCUAGUUAAUGUGAUUUCAACCAAGACUGUGGGGAAGCUGGCACAGUAUGUUUUAAGCCCUUGUCAAAUCAUGACAGGUUUAAGACUAAACUUUGUUUUCAAAAAACAAACCAAGUAAUGUUCAAGUGGAGGUUUCUAUGGGAGUGGGAAAUGUAUCCCUUUUUUUAGCGUAUUUAGAGUUGCACGCAAAUCUGCAGACAGAUCUUACUAUUUUUCUCUGCGUGCUCCUGCGCCAGCAUACAUAACUUAAAGCAACUACAGAUGUAGCCACGCUCAUCAUCGCUACAGCUAGCUGGCACGUGCACUCCUGGUGCGGGUACGGGCAACUCUCACACAAAAUGUGGUUGCAUCUGUAGCCGGCUAAUGUGUGACACUGAGGAAUCCGCAAUACAGAACAUACCGAGGAGCGAGAUUUUUACUUCUUCAAAAAUCCCAGCUCUAUGAUUGUUUCUCAUUACACAGUAUUUCUUUGUACAUACACACUCUAAACUGUAGUCAAAUUUUGGUAAAAUGAUAGCUUUGUAAUAAUAUUGCAAAGACUACCCUGUAUUAUAAAGUAUUUCUCUGUAUUUGAAGCAUAAUAGACUGCAAAGACUUCAUCAGUAUCGUAUUUCGCCUAAUGAAGAGACUUAGGCCCUGAAACAUAGACCUAAGGAUAUACCUUGCCUUUGUGUAUUAUAUUAUUUGGGCACCGGGGUGGCAUAUAUAUAUAUAUAUUCCAGUGUGCCCAGCUCUCCCAGUACAGAAUCUCAUGCACCAGGUGCCCCCACAGUAGUGUCAAUACAUAAUCCGGAGGUGCGGCACUCCUGGCGGCUUGGAGAAAGGUCACUAGUCGCAGGCAUAAACUGCAACGUUUCAAUGACUUUGAUGUGUCAUUUUCAUCAGGUAUGCCUGAUGAGAAAAGAAAAAAAAAAAAUAUAUAUAUAUAUAUAUAUAAUAGGCAAAGAAACGGCAUCACUCCAGGUCUUGUACCGUGGUAAAAUAGAAAAGUGUUUUGAGCAAAAUCACAUGUCCAACGUUUCAGGGCCCGUAGCCCCUUUGUCAAGGUGUGAAUCUUGACAAAGGGGCUACGGGCCCCGAAACGUUGAUUUUGCUCAAUACACUUUUCUAUUUUACCACGGUACAAGACCUGGAGUGACGCCAUUUCUUUGCCUAUUAUAUCUGAUUCACUACGGAGGGCACCCAGGCUAUUUUACUUUGCAGGACCAGGAGUGCCGGGCAUUACAGCACGCUAUAUAUAUAUAUAUAUAUAUAUAUAUAUAUAUUGUACAGGGUCUACAGUGUGUGGACAGAAGUGAAAAUGUAUUAUAUGUUUGGGGCAAGUACACAGCUCUUUCUCAAGAGUCGACAUGUCUAAUACAUUUCAUGGUUAUUUACAGUUGGAUGCAGUACUGUUUUUCCCCUAAAGGCCCAUACACAUUAGACGAUGUCGCUCUGUGAGCGACAUCGUCUAACGUUUCCCCCUCCCGGGCCGGCCGGUCGGCGGCCGCCUGUAUGCACUGAGCGAUAUGACAGCUCAUAUCGCUCAGUGACGUCACGCCCCCGCCAGCCCUGCAUGAAGGUCGUGGACGACAGUCCACAUCCUUCAUGCAUGCCCUACCGACAGCGACGAUCGUUGCCGACCCGCGGGGCCGCGCAUCGGUCGUCGCUGGCGGCAUACACACUUAACGAUAAAAUGAGCGACGUCGCUCAAGGAGGGGGAAAAUGAGCGACGUCGCUCAUUAUAUCGUUAAGUGUGUAUGGACCUUUAGAUGUCUAUUUUGACAGCCAAGUCCAUAAAUAAACACACGCUUAUAUCUGCAUCAAACUUUUUGUGCAUCUUCAAUGAACAACUAACACUGUAAAAGGCAGUAAGGGGAGGCAUAGGCAUUAUAUUAUCUGACCACAUUAUCCUAUUUGUACACAACACAAUCUCUGAAAAUUUUAUUUUUGGUACAAAGGUUGUGUACAAUUAAAGUAACGCACUAAGUACAGUACUGACAUAAAAUGACAUAAACACUUGCACAGCUUUAUUUUCAUCACACAUGACACUUGACACUUGGUGUAAUAUAUAUAUAAAUAUAUACACAUAUAUAUUUAUAUAUAUAUAUAUAUAUAUAUAUAUGCAAAGUUGCUGUUAUUUGCGAGCAUCUACUCCAUAUUAUGUAUACUUAUCCACCUCUAAGUAAGCCCUUUUCUCUUUAUUCUCAUGCUUCAACCCCUGAGGGAUGUGGGGGGAGGGGGAAAUAUAUUAUACUGUAUCUAUAUUUAUAUCUAUAUUUAUAUAUAUAUAUAUAUAUACCUAUGUAGCUGUCUCCGUUCACUUGGAGUGCUGCAUUUCAUGUAUAUGUGUGUAUGUAUAUAUAUAUAUAUAUAUAUACACACACAUACAUUUUCAUUUGUAUAGUAUAUACAGUGCAUGCAAUUAACAACUAUAUUUUAUGUGUUUCUUAUAAAUAUAUUUUAGAAAAAACAAUGGUUAUUUUUAAAUGUCAAAAGUUGCUUAACUAUGCUUAAUAUUAUUAUUACUGUCUAUGUAAGUGUCUGAGAUUAUGCAGAUGGAAAUUUAACAGUCUUCCUACUGAUGUUGCCAAAUACUGUUACAAUGAGUAGCUUCCGAUAAAAAUAGUAUUUAACUGUAGUUGUUGUGCUGAUAUUGCUUCUGCAGCUUGUAGCGGUAUCUGUUUGGGAAAGCCUUAAAGAAACAGUGGUAUGUUUGAGUAAUACUGUAAUUACUUUGUUAUUCGUUAUUAUUAUGUAAUGCUGCAAUUAAAUAAAAAACAACUAUAGAACAAAAAUGUCACCAAGAACUUCUCAAAGUUAAUGUGUUGUACUGAUUAUCCAGCUAAGAUAUCACCGCUUCUCAGGCAGAAUGUGUUUUCACCAUUGGUCCCUGGAAUGUACUUGUUAUGAGACAAACAUUGGCUUACUGGUUGUGAGCAUCAAGCAAUAUGUGCUUUGUACUUUUAUUAAAUUCUAUUUUGAGACUCAUAUUGUAAUCUGUACUUGUCAUAGCAAUAAAUGUUUUUAAUAUA